AUGGCGGCGGAGCUCGCCGCCGACGGCGCCGUCUCGUGCUGGCGCCGCUUCACGCCGCCGACGGUCAAGCUCCCGCGCCCCAGCGGCGUCUGCUUUGACGCGUCAGGGGACCUCUGGGUCACGUGCAUUGGCGACGGCGGCGCCGUGGUGCAGGUGGCGGGCCCGCGCCGCGUGGCGCCCGGCGCAGAGCUGCGCCGUUUCGCCACCAGCUCGCUGCACGCGGCCUGCCCUGCCGCAAAGCCCUGGGACGUCUGCUGCAUCCCAGCGCGCGGCGGCGGCGGGGCCGAGGGCACGAAAGGGGAGGGGGCUCUGCUCGCGGUCAGCCUGCACGCAGGGAAGCGGGGCGGGCCCGGCGCGGUGGCGCUGCUGCGCGUGGCGGACGGCGUGCGCGUUCGGCUGGUGACGGGCUCGUUGCUUGAUGGGGAGCCCAACAUGAUGGCCCUGCAGGUCUGA